UUGCUUCGUCUCCGCAAGGCGGCUGGCGACAAGCGGAUUCUUCCGGUUCCGUCUAUCUGUCAGGAACGCUGUUCACGGUCGAGGAACGUUCUGCAUGUUAUGGCGAGAAAAAUAGGAGUACGCUCAAUUUAUGACACGCAUAACAAUGUUGCUCUGGCUGACGGUGAACAACAUGGUCCUGAAGACCUCAAAGAGAAGCUCAGCAAAGUCAGGGAGGUUGUGCCAAGCAUGAGCAAGGACCAGAUAUGCAUGGCUCUGAGGACUUACGACUAUGAUGUCAAUGCUACUAUUACUGCAAUAUCAGAAAAUGGACCUGAAGAGGCUUUACGGGAAUGGAACUGUGCAGGAAACAAAGUCAAGCCGACAAACAAGAACAGGAAGAGGAAAAAGAAGCCCAAGAAAGAACCAGCUGCCGGCUCUGUUGGGGAAAACCAGGAGGCUGGUGCCGGAGGCGAUGGUAAGGAUGUGGCCUUUGGGAAAGUGGAGGAGGACAAGGAAAAACUGGAAGGACAGCUUACUUCUGCCUCCCCUGAAGAAGCACCAGUGAGCUCUUACAAGCAAAAUGGUAGUGAACCUGAUAAGUAUCCCAAGGUGUCCUAUGGCUGGGGUGAUGACCCACCUCCAGAGGAGCCCUCGCAGGAAGACGACGAUAAACCAGAGGAAUUCGCAGAGUAUGAAACCAAAAGCAGCAGCAGACCAGUGCAUUCGCAUAGCAGUGGGCGCUCUAAAAGUAGCCCUGAUAUCAAAUGCGCGGACAGUAAUGAAGCAAGUUCUCUUCCUUCCAGCAGCAGCAAUAGCACCCUUCCCAAAAAAACAUCCAUCCAGGAUGGACUCGGCCUUGAGAAAUCAUUAAAGGAUCUUUCUCGCCAGACAGUAGCACUCCAGAGGGUGCAAGUUCUUCUGGAAGAGCAGCUCACAAAAGCUGAAAAAGCAAUCAAAGUUGCUUUCUUGGAAGUACAAAAAGCCUUGAACGACCGUCAGGCUCAAUUAGAAGAGGAAAUGGAAAAAGUGAAAACUGAUGCUCGUUUGAUGCUGCUGCAACGCCAGAAAUUAGCUGCCGAGCUGAAGUCACGCAGUGAAACAGCUUCCUCUCUCUCAGAACAGAGCUUGACCGAGUUGCGAGAUGAUAUCAAGCAUUUUGUAGUUGAACGUAAAUACGAUGAAGAGCUGGGUAAAACUGCAAGGUUUGUCUGCACAAAGGAGAAGAUUGAAAAGGAAAUCAAGGAUUUUGGCCAAGUGGUUCACGUGAGGGAUCCGUACACAUCUCGGCGACUGUCAAUGUCUUCUGUGGCCAGUUCAAGCUACCAUGAUUCUGGUUACCACCCGUCAGCCACAUCCAGUCCAGUUUACAGGAGUCAGUAUUAUUCAUAUGAUACAAUGAAAGAAGAGGAGUACAGAGGAAGAAAGUUUGAGGGAACUGGCGGCUAUAAUCGUCCCUCAGAUGGUCGUUCCGCCAAGGUGUACACCAAUAGCCACCGCAGCACCUUCACUGGCUCUUCCCCUGGUGGCCCUCGUUCAGGCGGCUACUCACGUGGAGGCCGUGGCCGCCGGCCAGAUGACACACGCUAUGGAGGUUCAGAUCGUGGCGGCGGCCGGGGCGGAUAUGGAGGCGGAGGUCGCCCUCACCGCUACAACACAAGUGCCACAGGCCGGGGCCGCUACACGGCUGACUUCGGCCGCCACACGGCUGACUUGGGCUGCCAUGCUACUGAGUUGGGCCGCCAUUCAUGGGAUGAGGACAGCACUAGCAAGCCUUCACCGGAUGGAUUGAAUGGCCAAUUUUAGGCCAUUAAUCUUUUGUUUUUGCCCUCGGAGCACCACUGUCCUGUUUCCCCACUCUGGGUGUCCCAAAUUUUUUUCUUUUUUUUUUUUUCUGUGGCAGUGCAAUAUCGUGUCCAGGCACCAGGAAGUGUACAUGUGUGCCCCCCCCCCCCCCCCCCUCCCAUUUUAUUUCUUGCACUUGUUUGUGCCUGGUUCUCUAUGGCUUGUGCCAAACAACAAAAAGGCAUAACCUUGGGUUUCUUGUAGUGUGCCUUAACACUGUUUGAUGUGGGACCUCCUGAGAGUGCUGUAAGGGCUUGAAGUGUGCUGGCAUUCUUGUAGUUCAUCAGCACACUGGCAUGGUCUGAGGUUUAGAUGUGUGCCCAGUCUCACAUGAUUUUUUUUUUCUUUUUUUUUUUUUCUUUUUUUAGAAGUGCACGGUAGUGUACCCCCCAAUCCUUCCUGUUCCUGCCCAGAGCCCCCACUGCAGAUUCUGAAAUAGUGCUAUUCCAUUUGAUGAAAAGCUGUUUCCUUCACUUACAAGAGCUGCACAGUAACCCUACCUCCAUUGGCUCAUGUGCUCUGUUAAGUGGCAACAGGAACGUUAGUUGCCAUGUUCUGUGCAGAGGUUUUUCCUGAUAGGUCAGCGUCUCAAGGAACUCUUUCUACACUUUGUUGUUUCACCUAUGUUUUUGCAUGCACAGAUAAAAUUCCUGAGUUUGGUUGCUGGCCUCUCUCGAGUGUUAUUUUUAUAUAUAUAAAUAUAUAUAUAUAUAUUUUUACUUUGUUCUGUUGUAGGUCUACAAGUCUUCCUUUGUUAGAAAUAUUUAAUUCUCUCUGGCAUGUACAUCUGUAUAUACAUAAAUAUUAUAUGAAGGUUGUGUACAUAAUUAAAAUUGGGGAGGAAUUGUGUGCACGUUACAAGUGUAACGCUAACCCUUUAUACCUAACAUCUAAACUUUUCAGGAUGUGCGCAAUUUACUCAGCCUAAGUUGUAGCAAGCGUUAUUUUACUGAGCUUUUGUAUAUUCCGCAAUGUGUGCUACAAACUAUGUUGUUAUAGUCGAGUAGACUAACUGCUUUUUAUGUCACUUGUUUUAAUUCUGUCUUGAGCCACUGAACAGGACACUAGUUAUGACUUUAUACACUAUGGAGUGCCUUUAGCAGCUUUUUUGUGUUUUUAUGUACUUUACAUCCAUUCCUGGAUAUGGCUGUCGAUACUCAUUUAGGUUACAAUAAGGGUUAAGCUGCCCUGUCUUAUUUCUGUGUUGCAAAUGUUUUGAGCAAUCAUUUCCACAUAUAUUUCCUGUGAACGCGCACUAUUGUCCAAGUUUUAUUUAAUACACUUUUACCUAGAAUGUUAUAUGUCUGUAUAUUGACAUGGAAGCAGUCUCUUCCUUGCAAGCACUUUUUUUUGCAAGGCAGUUAACCUUGCCCAGCAAACAAAGUAAAGUGUUGCAUUUUGGUACUCUGUCCACUGAACAAAAUAAAAGUUGCUUGGUGCCUGA